AACCGUGUGCGAGAAGGAGACAGAUCUACCAUCGAUGGUUUGGCGACGAUAGUUGACGAGAAUCUGACGUUUUACAAGUUGAUGGCAAGUUCUGUUGUUUUUAUUUCGCUUAGUUGAUUUCGCGUGAGGAAUACUUGUGCAAAAUGAUCUAAAUUAUCUGCAAGUGCCGUGAUAAAGUGUAUUGCGUGUGUACACGAUACGGUUUGAAACGGCCGACCUUGAAAUUGUGAGUGAAGAGGUGCCGAUAAAGCAAGUGACAAAAAGCUGCUGAUUGCGACUGGUGAAAAGUGAAAUGUCAAAAAGGAUCCACGAAGAUUUGACGCAAGAAAUUAAUAACAAGCAGUGUGUCUGCUACAAAUGAUUACAAUCAGCAUAGUGUGAGCUUCGUGUCACUGCCGUGGGUAGAAUAAGAAGAAAAAAGUUGCAAUAAUGAUAAAUAAUUAAAAAGAACAACAAGGAGGAUUGGUAUAUUGGGAACACACGGUAACGACAUCUAGCCACAACAGCGUCAACGAACGAAAACAAUUAAAGCUAAAACAUCAUCUCCAAUGUCUAUGCGUGGUUGCAAUAAGUGGUCCAAUUUUCGAAAGCAAUUUUAUAUAUUGGACUAUCGGCCAACCUAAAACUAUUUUAAAUGAAUUUGUUGUGUUGUUGUACUAUGGCUCCUAACACGCGCGUUACACGCAAAUGGGAAUUAUUCGCUGGACGCAAUAGAUUUUAUUGUGAUGGCAUUUUGAUGUCGGCGCCGCACACCGGAGUAUUUUAUUUGACAUGUUUUCUUAUCACCGGAACAAGCGCUUUAUUUUUCGCAUUUGAUUGCCCUUUUCUAGCUACAAAAAUCACACCCGCUAUUCCAGUAAUCGGUGCUAUUUUAUACUUCUUCACCAUGAGUUCCCUACUUCGUACAACAUUUACAGAUCCAGGAGUUAUACCACGCGCUUCCCUUGAUGAGGCUGCUUAUAUAGAAAAGCAAAUUGAAGUGCCAAAUUCACUAAACAGCCCAACAUAUCGUCCGCCCCCGAGAACGAAAGAGGUUUUAAUUCGCGGACAAACAGUCAAAUUAAAGUAUUGCUUUACAUGUAAAAUAUUCAGGCCCCCACGUGCUUCACACUGCAGUUUAUGUGAUAAUUGCGUAGACCGGUUUGAUCAUCAUUGUCCUUGGGUUGGGAACUGUGUGGGUAAAAGGAACUAUCGUUUCUUUUAUAUGUUUCUAGUCUCUCUUGCAUUCUUAGCUGUAUUUAUUUUCGCAUGCUCGAUAACGCAUUUAGUUUUAUUAAUGAAAAAAGAGCAAGAAGUAUUUCGAGUUAUCAAAGCAGCACCAGCUAGCGUAAUUGUUACAUUUAUAUGUUUCUUUUCAAUUUGGUCUGUAAUUGGACUAGCAGGAUUCCAUACGUAUUUAACAACAAGCGAUCAAACAACUAAUGAAGAUCUAAAGGGAUCAUUCUCGUCAAAAGGUGGUCAGCGAGCGGUGAAUCCAUACUCUAGGGGCAAUAUUUGCUUGAAUUGCUUUCAUAUAUUGUGUGGCCCUAUGACACCAUCGCUGAUUGAUAGAAGGGGGGUAGUUACGGAUGAGUUUGUGCUUCAGAUGCAACCGGGACUUCGUAAUCAACAUGCGCUUAACCAACUGACUGACGUAACAAGUCAUCCAUCGCUCGUUACCAACCAACCCAUUCUGGGAGCCGGAGAUGCAUUUAUCAGCUCUAAACAAAACUUGUACAACGAACCUAUUUCUGCAACGGGAAUAUAUCGCCAUCGAAGCUAUGACAAUUUGCAAAACGGAAAUUCUAAUAGUCUAGCUCAUCUGGUCGACAACGAGAUACCAUUGUCGACAGUUGAGUCCCCCGUGGGAAAUCCUGGCGAGAAUGCCGGCAUAACCCCCACGAGUGUUGAUGAUGACACCAUGGAGAAAAUUACAAAACGAUCAAAUAAUCUAAGUGGAAGUUACAACAAUUUAUUCAGGGAUAAUUUAGAUGAAUACAACGAACAGAGUGGUGAUGCCGAUAUGAAACAAAUAUCGGACACAUUGCGCACACUUGACACAUCAGCGCAGUCUGCUGAAACGCCUGAGGAGGGUACUCUUCGACGUAUGAAUAAGUCUGCAUCAGAAUGUGAGAAUGUUUAUAGUAACAUACCGAAUACUGGCCUUUCGAUAGCGGCUAACCAUGAAGGUAGUAAAACCGAUCCGAAUUUGCAUGUAUAUUCAAAUCUUAUAGAGGAGCAAGAUCAGCAGAAUUCAUUUAGAAGUAAACCUUCUCUGGAGUCUUCCAAUAUAAUGGAUACUGUUAGUAAAAGAAAAAGUAGCGAUAAGGAUGUUGAGAAUGUGGGAAGUAAAUCAACGACAAAUAUGCCAUCAACACUUUUAUGUGAUGAUCUCGAUCUAGAUGAUCCUGUGAGUGCGUUUGUUGUGAACAACCGAAAGAAAUUCGAUACUGACAACAAAUCUAAAUCGAUUUCAACUGGUGUGAAAGAUUCCUCAAUAAUAGUGUCUCCCAUCAGCGCAGCUCCCGACUCAAAAUCUGAACUAAUACCAAUGCAUUUAAACGCACCGAUAACAAUAACACCCACUGCAACUAUUUCAACAUCAAUCACAACUUCCACGAGAGAAUCUUCCAAUAAUUUUAUAACACCGAGCCGACUGCGACUGUUACAGGACACAACCAUGAUUGACACAGCACUAGAUUUAGAUAGUUUAGAUGGUUCCAGUAUUGGAAACAAUUCGCAAGCUUGCCUUAAAACAGCGCUUGUUUGAAGACAAGCUUGCAAUAUGUAUAAUUUAUAUUUAGUGUUGUUAUCGACGAUUUUAAGACUACAUACAUGUAUGUACGCUGCUCAACAGUUUUAUUGUUUAUAAUUUAUUGUCUUCAAUAGACAUUUGGACAUACAUUAUAUAAUUAAAUUGCGCGUGCUAGGACUAAUUGGAAUGUUUUCAAUUUUUAUCGACCAUGUUUUGAAUGAUGUCGAAAUAUGCGGGUGUUUGAGUUUGGGAUAUAUUCUGUGCCUCAAUUUCAAUCGCACAAUAUGUUAGUGUAAUUUUUCUUCAGUUGGCCUUGUAUCAUACAAAUAGGACUGGUUCAUUGUUCAAGAUGUAGCUACCAACCACCAUUUUAAUCCUGUUCAUCAAAUAUUUCACCACAGCUAACUGCAAUGAUCAAGGAAGUUUGUUUAUUAUCUACAACGAAAACCGGCUUAUUUCUAGGUUUAAAACAAUUUUCUUUUUCAUUUCUAAAAGUACGAGUUUAAUAUUUUUAUACACUUUUUUGUUUGAUAAUGAGCGUGGAGUGAUUUUCCAAUAUUUAUUUAUAUUUGCUUCAUGUAAAUACAAUUAACAAAGCUAGCUUCUUUCUUUUGGAUCGCAAAUGAUAACCAGCACAGUAUGUACAGCCGUUUGUUAGGAUUUAUUUCAAAGGCAUUGAUCUUUUGUAAUUUUGUUUUUUGGGACAGCUUUAUGAUUGCAAUCGAUUGGUUUGAUUUAUUUGUAUAGACUAUAUUUGAAAAAAAUAUAAAAUCUUACAAGAUUAGAUAAGAAAGGACA